AUGGACGCCCUGGAGGCGCGGCAGUUGUGGGCAACGCCGACCGAGGCGCCUGCCGCGACGAGUGCUGUUGGCCUCAAGCAGUCCUGCCAGGCCCUCAACCUUCCUGCCGGCGGCACCCUAAUCUUGCCCAACGGCGACAUCAUCACCCUCGCCACCGCUGCCGCCUUCAAGCCCGCGUGUACACCCACCGCUGGCCCGGCCAUCAUCGCCGGCACUGGACCCGGCACUGGAACGCCCGCCGACUUUCAUGGCGACCGCCUAGGUGACGCUGGUGUCAGCAUCGACGAAGGCGACUCUGGCCCUCAGUUCUCCGAUUUCCGAGACCCCUUCUAUGCCUCGACCUUUCCACAGUGCUACGCGCUCGCCGCCACGACGAUUAUUGCCUACACUUUGGUUAUCAUGCUCUUCAUCACGCCCCGCUCCUUUUUCCAUGGCGGUGUCGUGGUCUUGGGCCGGCGAGGGUUCACUCACGGAGGCGCUGGAGGGCAUAGCAUCGGAGGGCGUCCCUGGCUUCAAAAGGCCGCCGCCCUCACUGUCGCCAUAUCUUUGACCAUCGCCAGCGCCAACACCUUCAAAGUUGCCGAGGAGCAAUAUUCUUUCGGUUACCAGAACGCCCAGCGUCUGCAGGAGGAGGUCAUGGGCAGCACAGAGCUGAAGGUUAUCAGGCUCAUCUCGGACACCUUCCUGUGGCUGGCGCAAGCACAGACGCUGAUACGUCUGUUCCCCCGUCAGCGGGAGAAGGUGAUCAUCAAGUGGACCGCUUUCGGUCUGAUCACCUUCGAUCUUAUAUUUGACUCACUAAACAGUUUCCUCUACACCUCGGGCGGCGCCGUCCGUCCCAGGAGCUUCUCAGAUGCCGUACCCGCAUUGAGCUACCUAUUCCAGCUAUCCCUCGGAGUGCUCUAUGCUGCCUGGGUCAUAUACUACGCGUUGAUGAAGAAGAAGUACGCUUUCUAUCACCCGCAGAUGCGGAACAUGUGCCUAGUCGCAGUUCUGUCGCUGCUUGCGCUCCUUGUCCCCGUGGUCUUCUUCAUCUUGGACAUUUGUCAGCCGGAUUUCAUCGGAUGGGGAGACUACGCGAGAUGGGUCGGGGCCGCUGCUGCCAGCGUCAUAGUGUGGGAAUGGGUCGAGCGUAUCGAAGCUCUGGAACGAGAGGAGAAGAAGGACGGUAUCCUAGGAAGGGAGGUCUUUGAUGGAGACGAGAUGCUGGAGAUGACGUCAGAAUUCUCCUGGCCAAAGAAACGAAACGGUUGCACCGACAACGACGGUGGCGAUGAUGAUGGGGGUGAGAGCGGAGGUAGCCCCAUGCAGAACCAGAACUCGACGUCCACGGGCAGGAGAGCGUUAUGGCCUUCCAUGUCGUCGCUCGCACAUCGCUACAGGCCUCGACCAAGAAACAGCGAAAACCCGGCUGCCAGCACUAGACCGGCCCAGCCGAACACUACAGAUCGGUCGGCAACGAGGUCUUUGCAGCCGCCUUUGUGGCCUGCUCGGCCUCAGCCAGCCGUGACCCCUGUCAGUAGAACAGAUACAGCCAGUGCCGAUAGCACCAUCUACGCAAUCCGGUACCACCCCUUGACGGAAUCGACCUCACAGACCGACCACGGCACACCGUCGCCAGCUCCAGGCGAGUAUCGCAAUAUGAUGAGGAGAGACAGCGUCACCACGAGUCGCUAUACCGAGACAGUGCCCAGCGCUGCAUCGCCAGAUCCUAAUGUUACCUCGGAAACUUCAGCCCGCCGAUGGCGUGCUCUGGCACAAGCCAUGCCCUUCCGACGCACGAGUGACGAGUCAAAUACGGCUCGUCCCCAGGCCCAGCCAGAAGAGUCCAAGAAGCGGGACUUGCGCUCUCGUUUGGAGGAUUUCGCCAUGUCCCAAGCCGACAAGAUCCGAGAGAAGAUCAACCCAACAAUCAACACAGACAGCCUUCCCGUUAUGGUGAUUCCGGCCCCGGCAAGACGGGGUGCGGCGCUAGCCCAACUGCUGGAGGAAGAGGAGAGCCAGCAGCAGAUGUCACGCGCUACAACUCACCAGGCAGAUGUCUCAGCUGCGGGGCAUCCGGCAGCUGAACCGUCGUCACCUACCAAUGUGCGGCGGGAUAGCAGUGCCUCUGUUGGAUCAAUGGCGCGGCCUAGUCCCAUGAAUCCAUCGAUGCAGACGGGCUCGCCGGUCUUGCUCACGGCCGCACAGGCAAGGGAAGGAAAUCGCGAUGCCAGACCACCCGGGCCGUCUGUCACUGGGGCGCCGGGAUCGUGA